AUGGCUGACGUUGCCGUCGAGAACCCGGCGAACAGCGUGGCGCCUCACAAGCGCCCAGCUCCCACGGACUCGGUGCCCAUCAUCGACUCGCUGGAGGGAACUGGCACCGACAGCGGUGACGAAUAUGCCACUCUCAAGCGCCUGCAGAGACAUUUAGAGUACAUCCAUCUUCAAGAAGAGUACAUCAAAGAUGAGCAAAGGAGUUUAAAGAGAGAGCUGGUGCGAGCUCAAGAGGAGAUCAAACGGAUACAGAGUGUUCCGCUAGUGAUCGGCCAGUUCAUGGAAGCUAUAGAUCAAAAUACUGGAAUCGUACAGUCGUCAACCGGCUCGAAUUAUGUUGUCCGAAUUCUUUCUACCCUUGACCGAGAGAAACUGAAGCCGUCCUCGUCCGUUGCGCUCCACCGACACUCCAACUCGCUCGUCGAUAUUCUCCCCCCAGAGGCAGACUCGUCUAUUGCCAUGCUUGGUGCAAAUGAGAAGCCGGAUGUGACGUACGCUGAUGUCGGUGGCUUGGAUAUGCAGAAGCAGGAAAUCCGAGAGGCCGUGGAACUGCCUUUGACGCAUUCCGAUCUCUAUCAACAAAUCGGUAUUGAUCCUCCUCGCGGUGUCUUGCUCUACGGACCUCCGGGUACUGGAAAGACGAUGCUGGUGAAGGCCGUUGCGAACAGUACCACCGCCAACUUCAUCCGCGUUGUCGGUUCGGAAUUCGUGCAGAAGUAUCUCGGAGAGGGCCCCCGAAUGGUCCGAGACGUGUUUCGGAUGGCACGAGAAAACUCGCCCGCCAUCAUCUUCAUUGACGAGAUCGACGCAAUCGCCACCAAGCGUUUUGACGCCCAAACAGGUGCUGACCGUGAGGUUCAGCGUAUUCUGUUGGAACUUCUCAACCAGAUGGAUGGAUUCGAUCAGGGGAGCAACGUCAAAGUGAUCAUGGCCACCAACCGAGCGGAUACGUUAGAUCCUGCUUUGCUGCGUCCUGGACGUCUCGACCGGAAGAUCGAGUUUCCAUCCCUGCGCGAUCGUCGUGAGCGCCGGCUCAUUUUCUCUACCAUCGCGUCGAAGAUGUCGCUGUCGCCCGAAGUGGACUUGGACUCGCUGAUUGUGCGCAAUGAGCCUCUCUCUGGAGCUGUGAUUGCCGCGAUCAUGCAAGAAGCUGGUCUGCGUGCCGUCCGCAAGAACCGCUACAACAUCAUCCAGUCUGACCUGGAGGAUGCCUACUCCAGCCAAGUCAAGAGCAGCCAGGAAUCCGACAAGUUCGACUUCUACCGGUAG